AUGGUGGGGUACUCAAGGGGAGGUUUGGGAAAUACUGCUCUAGAGUCUACGGCUUGUCUUGGUUCUUUUUACAGUUCCUUAAUGUUACCUAUAAGUUAUCUCUCUCCCACCAGUGAUCGGCGAGCCGGUGAAGCUGGAGUGGUUUAACCCCCAGGGGGAGCGCAUCGUGUCGUCCCAGCGUGUGGCCCUGCACACCGGGGAGGACAGCUCCAGGCUGACCAUCUACAACGCUGUAGUGGAGGAUGCGGGCAUCUACCGCUGCCAGGCCACCGACGCCCAGGGACAGACGCAGGAGGCCACCAUGGUGCUGGAGAUGUACCGUGAGUGUCAAUUACAUGCAUCUGUAACAGAGGUAGAUUGAUAUAGGCUAUAGGUUAACUCACUCACACUCACACACACACACCACACUCUCUGCAUUCCCUCUGUAUCCAUUCCAGGUCCUUCAGAUAUACAAAGACAUGAGUUGAAUACAUCGCCGUCUCCUCUGUUAGAUCAUAAAGAUACACCAUAUUUAUAUUCCAUUGCCCACUUGACCCAUUAAAGAGUGUAGUGAAUGUUCGCUGGGUCUGGCGGUGUGUGUGAUGGAUAGUACUGAAUGUGUGUAGGCGACGGAGGCAGGCUCUAAUCGUAUGGGAGAGGGAAUCUUCUGCUGUGGCUGUUAAUGAGACGUGACACACAGAGGAGUUCUGCCGCUGGUAGCCAUCUGGCAGACGCUUGAUUUGGAUCACCGGUGUGGUGUGUGUACUGUGUGUGUAUGUACAUAUGCACACACAUGCACCCCCCCCCCCCCCCCCCAUCCAUCCAUGACAACGUCAGUCAGCCACCGUUCAACUAGUAACAGGGAGAUAGUCACCUAAAGGGCUUGGGCAGGCAUAAUGUACCCAGCACCCAUCAGGCGAUACCGAACGUGAUCUUCUUGUGAUAAACACCACGUUAUGAAAAAUGGACGUCAACUUUAAAUGUGCUGUACAUUACCAUUUGUGAGUUGUGACAUUCCGCAAAGAUGUCAACACACACACACACACACACACACGUGCACACGUCUUGACAUUAUCAUAUGUGUUCGUACAUCACAACCUGACGAAAGCUAUCCAUAUUCAAACUCAAAUUAUAGCUUUAUUAUAGCUCACGGUUGAAGGACUAUAAUUAUCCGCACUGCUGAGUAAUUGACAGGUAUAGAGUUCCCAGAGUCAAUCUUUGAGCACCGGCCAACAGAGACCCAUUACAGAGUAGGCAGUCGAUGUCCCACCUGAGGGAGCUCCAAGAAAAUUGGCAUGUCACCCCACUUUGACAGUUACCCUUGCAGCUAUGUGGGCAAAAUGACGGAAGAGAAAUGCUCACUGUGUUACCAAUUUGACUGUGUCAAGCGAGCGGUAGACUGUAACACGAGAGGAUUUGUUUUUCUCACUGAUUUUCUUGUUGAGCAGGGUAACGACAAAGGAGAUGGGAAAUGAAAACAAGUAGCGGGAGAACAAGGGACAACAACAUGUUUGAAUCCCAGGGAGAGAACUGGGGGAAGGAGGGGGGGGGGGGGGGGUGAGAGAGAGAGAGAGAAUACGAGAAAGCGGGAGUGAGGGAAUUAAAUAGAGGGCGAGAGAGAGAGAAAGAUGGAGAGAGAGGGGUGAGUGAAUUUGAGAGAGAGGUAGUGAGAGAAGGAGAGGGAGAGAAUGAGAGCGAGGGGGUAAGGGGAUUAAAGGGAAUGACAGAGCACAAGAGAGGGGGUGAGGAAAUGAGACACAGAGAGAGAGGAGAGAGUGAGAGAGAGACCAAUCGACGGAUUGAGAAAAUGAAAACGUGCCGUGGAAUUAAACCAGCAGAUGAGGAGGUUUGAAUCUCACAUUCAGAGUCAGUAGGAUGCAAGGCACUUUAAAGAGCGGCGAGGAGAAAAAAGCACGUUUUGGAGAGCCGCCUGACAUAAAUCACAUUGCAAAAUGCUAAUGUGCUAGGUUGCAGAGUGAUCUACUGGAAGGGACUGAAAUAAAUAGGGCCAUGCAUGUGAUUUAUGCGCGCUUUAAUUUCGCCACACACAGUGGAUAACCCGAUGGUGUUACACACUCCACGUGCCACACACACACGCAUGCAUGCACACUCUAUCUUUCUCUCCAUACGCCAUACACACACACACGCCGUGUGAUAAGUCGACGACACUAGCCAGCACGACGGGUUCUGAGAGGGUGGUGGAGUGUUUUUUAAGAGAAUAGAAGCGCAGGUCCCAGGUCAGCUUUCCCCAGGUGUAAUCUAUCAAACACCUGCCAGGGCUUGUCAGACAGGUGCCACAGCUUUAGACCGACACAAGUUAAAUCAAUCAUUUGAUUACAAACAGAACUUUCGGGGUGGUAGGAUUCAUUCAAUAUGCUGUGGGAAUGUUUAUGGGACUAUUUUAGAGCACAUAGAAUCUGAGUUGUUUCAGUGGUGUAGAACCAUAGACAAUAAGUAGAACAGUUUGUUCUAUAGAAUGGAGUUUACUCUGUACUCCACUUCAGGGUGUCCCAAACUCGGUCCUGGGGCCCCCCCUGGGUGCACGUUUAGUUUUUUGCCCUAGCAGUACACAGCUGAUUGAAAUAAUCAAAUCUUAUUAAUGAGUAAACAGCUGUCAAGUGCUACGGCAAGAAAUGAAAACAUGCAGGGGGGGGGCAAUCAACAUGGUGGAUGUAGCAUAGCCAGCUUUAUGAUAGGAAACUAAUACAUUACAAACAGACACCUCUUCUUGUUUCAUGGUCAUUCCAUUAAUCACUAAAUCAAUCUAUCAGUACCUCAAUCAAUACACAUUACUUGGGCUCUGUUCCAAAGUCCACCCUCGCAUACUACUUAGAAUGAGGCGAUGUAUUGGCUAUGCAUUCUAAAUGGUAUACUUGUGUGAAUAUUGGAACAUAACCUCUUUUGGAAAGACAUGUCUCUAAUGUGACUUCACUUCCUGUUACCUCACUUCCUAUGUGACAGAGAAGCUGACGUUCCACGACGUGAGGUCCCCCCAGGAGUUCCGUCACGGCGAGGUGGCAGAGGUGGUGUGUUAUGUCAUCGCCUCUCCGGCGCCCGUGGUCUCUUGGUUCUACCAAAAGGGCUUCAAGAGCAUGGAGAUCACAGAGGAGCACUACAGUAAGUCUGCUUAUGGUCAUUUGAUGCAUGCUGCCUCUGUUGAUGUGCUGGUAAACCUUGUUUGCUUGUUAAAAUAAGUACCUAAUUACCAGUUGGUUAAUUAAAGCAUAACUUUGUAACGUGCAUACUGUGGCUACCAUAUUAGCAACAUAACUUGACUCUUGAAAAAAGUUAUCUAUUGAGCAGUACAGACCAUAUAGAAAUCAAGUGAUAUUUUCAUGUGAACAUGUCAUUGGAUGCAGGUUUUUUUUUUUAUGGGCCCACUCUUUGAUGGUAUUUUACAGUCUACUUUUAAUGAAGCAGCUGAUAAUUACAUUAUCAUUGAUUUCAGAAGCCAAUUAACGGGUUUGCUAGUGCAUAAAAAAAUGGAACAUCAAAAGAAUUCAGUUUACAUGUCAGAUUGCUUCACACACCAUUUCAAGACAUAUCAGUUGAAUAAAUGUGCUAUACUGUAAAAUAUGGUUGUGUCCCAAAUGGCACCAUAUUCUCUACGUAGUGCAUUACUUUUGACCAGAGCCCUACAGUGCCUUGCAAAAGUAUUCAUCCCCCUUGGCGGUUUUCCUAUUUUGUUGCAAUACAACAUGUAAUUUAAAUUGAUUUUUAUUUGGAUUUCAUGUAAUGGACAAACACAAAAUAGACCAAAUUGGUGAACUGAAAUAUAAAAAAUAACUUGUUUCAAAAAAUUAUACAAAAUAAAUAACGGAAAAGUGGUGCGUGCAUAUGUAUUCACCCCCUUUGCUAUGAAGCCCCUAAAUAAGAUAUGGUGCAGCCAAUUACCUUCAGAAGUCACAUAAUUAGUUAAAUAAAGUCCACCUGUGUGCAAUCUAAGUGUCACAAGAUCUGUCACAUGAUCUCAGUAUAUAUACACCUGUUCUGAAAGGCCACAGAGUCUGCAACACCACUAAGCAAGGGGCACCACCAAGCAAGCGGCACCAUGAAGACCAAGGAGCUCUCCAAACAGGUCAGGGACAAAGUUGUGGAGAAAUACAGAUCAGGGUUGGGUUAUAAAAAAAUAUCCAAAACUUUGAACAUCCUACGGAGCACCAUUAAAUCCAGUAUUAAAAAAUUGAAAGAAUAUGGCACCACAACAAACCUGCCAAGAGAGGGCCGCCCACCAAAACUCACGGACCAGGCAAAGAGGGCAUUAAUCAGAGAGGCAACAAAGAGACCAAAUAUAACCCUGAAGGAGCUGCAAAGCUCCACAGUGGAGAUUGGAGUAUAUGUCCAUAGGACCACUAAGCCGUACACUCCACAGAGCUGGGCUUUAUGGAAGAGUGGCCAGAAAAAAGCCAUUGCUUAGAGAAAAAAAUAAGCAAACAUGUUUGGUGUUCGCCAAAAGUCAUGUGGGAGACUCCCCAAACAUAUGGAAGAAGGUACUCUGGUCAGAUGAGACUACAUUUGAACUUUUUGGCCAUCAUGGAAAAUGCUAUGUCUGGUGCAAACCCAACACCUCUCACUGGGAAACUGGUCAGAAUUGAAGGAAUGAUGGAUGGCUCUAAAUACAGGGAAAUUCUUGAGGGAAACCUGUUUCAGUCUUCCAGAGAUUUGAGACUGGGACGGAGGUUCACCUUCCAGCAGGACAAUGACCCUAAGCAUACUGCUAAAGUAACACUUGAGUGGUUUAAGGGGAAACAUUUAAAUGUCUUGGAAUGGCCUAGUCAAAGCCCAGACCUCAAUCCAAUUGAGAAUCUGUGGUAUGACUUAAAGAUUGAUGUACACCAGCGGAAGCCAUCCAACUUGAAGGAGCUGGAGCAGUUUUGCCUUGAAGAAUGGGCAAAAAUCCCAGUGGCUAGAUGUGCCAAGCUUAUAGAGACAUACCCCAAGAGACUUGCAGCUGUAAUUGCUGCAAAAGGUGACUCUAUAAACAAACUGUUGACUUUGGGGCGGGAGAAUAGUUAUGCACACUCAAGUUCUGUUUUUUUGUCUUAUGUCUUGUUUGUUUCACCCCAAAAAAUAUUUUGCAUCUUCAAAGUGGUAGGCAUGUUGUGUAAAUCAAAUGAUACAAACCCCCCCAAAAAUCAAUUUUAAUUCCAGGUAAUAAGAAAACAAAAUAGGAAAAAUGCCAAGGGGGGUAAAAAACUUUCGCAAGCCACUGUAUGGGCUCUGUUCAAUCGUAGUGCACUAUAUAAGAAUAGGGUGCCAUUUGGGAUGUAUGCCUAUGUAAACACACAAAUGUUAUGAAAAAUGUUUUCCUCAGAUUCUGUCAGGGGUUUGAUGCUAUAAAUAGCAAGUUCUAGCAUUAAAAGCCGCAGCAUGUGAUUUCAUUAAAAGUAUGUUUGAACUAUACAACAUGUUAACAAGCUUGCCUAGAAGAUGGAGAGUAGAGGAUGCAAAUGUCAGUCGGUGGUCCGAUGCUCGCUGCCAUGUUGUUAAGAUCUGUUGGAAAGAAGAUCUUCCUUCUCUCAUGGCCACUGAAAAGUCACAGUACAGGACAUUAUUCCACCUGAUUUAUUUUAUUUUAUUUUCACUUUAAUUAAUUUAUUAUUUCUUCACUUCUUUUUUGUGUGCUUAUGUUGACAUACAGUAUGUGGGGAUAUGAAGGGGGUAUUCUUUCUGUCUUGAACACUGAUACUUUAAGUGACAGCACAGGAAAUUAUUCCACCAUAUUUCUCUACUUUUCUUUUUCUUCAUUAAAUGAGUCCUUUCAGAUCAUUGCUCCUAAAAGGAAAGGAAAGAACAGUGUCUUAGAUUGGAACACAUCCUAUGGCUUAGAAGGAAAGGACAAGGGAAAGUGAUUUUAGACUACUAGAACACAUUCUGGGGCUAGAAGGAAAGGAGAGGGAAAGUAAUGUAUCUUAGAUUAUUGGAACACAUCUUUGGGCUGAGAAAGAAAGGAGAAGGAAUGAAAUGUAUCUUCGACUAUUGGAAACACAUUCAUGGCUCCUGCAUGAUGGACAGAAGUUAAUUUGUAGGUUCAGACUUGUUUACCAAUACUCUGUCACCCCAUCAUUACUUUUCCUCCUGCUACACUUUCCCCCUCAUCCACCCAUCACAGAGACAGACUUCCUGGGCUGAUUAGGAAAAUGAUUUGUUUGAAACCUUUGAAAGUAGUCAGGUUUUUUAAUUGAAAUUCAAAGGCCCUUCCCUUCGACACACUAUCUCGCCUUGCCGUUCGGUAAUGAUUAAAGGUAGAGAUAGCUGUGUUUUUUAAAAAUUCCACGCUAAUUACGGGACAAGGUUAUAAAUAUCUUUGCGCUCGACAGAGAGAGAUAAGGUUCUCACUUAUCUGCCAGUGACAAUGGAGAAGGAUGGGAAACUGUUUGUGAACUGCAGACCUAAUUGCUAAUGUAUUUAUCUCACUUCGCUUAGCUAACUUUAUUUAAAAAAGGUGAAAGUGGUAAAGGUUUAUGAAAAUAUUAUUUGAUAGCAAGUAUGUGACUGGAGUCAUGUGACUUCCUUUCACUCUUUUUCCUUUCUUUCAUUUUCCUUGUAUCUUUAUUUCCUUAUUUCCUCUGUCUCUUUCUAACUCUCUCUCCACCUUUCUUUCUUUCUUUAUUUCUUUCUCAUGCGCUAUCCCUCUCUCUAUAUUCUUCCCCCCUUCUCUCUGUCUGUCCCCCUCUAUCUCUCUCUAUCGCUCCCCUUGUCACUCCCUAUCGCUCUCUCUACCCCCCCCCCCCCCCCCCCCCCCCCCCCCUCUCUUUCUCUUCCGCCCUCUCUCCUGUGAAGGCAGGUUCCAGGUGCUGCCCAACAACAACCUGCAGAUCCACAAGGUGACCAAGGCGGACGAGGGCGUGUACCGCUGCGAAGCGCGAGUGGAGGCCCGUGGCGAGAUCGACUUUGUCGACAUCGAGGUGGUGGUGAAUGGUGAGUAG